AUGACCCUGCCUGUUCCGCCCAAGAGCGCAGCCUCGGCGCCUCUCCGAGGUCUGAACGCCACCGAAGCUUUGACACCUCUCAUUGAAUCAAUAUACACCUCACCAGACAUUACAUGUUACGUCAACGGGAAAAGAACAAUAAUCAGCAACCCGAACCCGCACUGGACGUUGCUGGACUACAUUCGCGCCCAACCAGACCUCAAGGGCACCAAGCUAGGAUGCGGCGAAGGAGGGUGUGGGGCCUGUACAGUGGUACUACAAGUGGGAGAUCGUCGAAAUGAGAAGAGGAGAAUACAGCAUCUCGCAGUGAACGCAUGUUUGUUCCCACUGGUCGGCAUUGAUGGCAAGCAUGUCAUCACCGUCGAAGGCAUCGGAAAUGUCGACAGGCCACAUCCUCUACAAGAGCGGAUUGCAAAGCUCCACGGCAGUCAGUGCGGGUUUUGUACACCUGGCAUCGUCAUGAGCUUAUAUGCUGUGGUCAGAAACUCAUACAACCCUGAGACGAAGAAGUUCCACCUCAGCGCGCACGAGGUUGAGAUGGAAGGCCACUUAGACGGCAACCUCUGCAGGUGUACAGGGUACAAGCCUAUCUUAAACGCUGCAAAGACCUUCGUGACGGAGGACUUGAAGGGACAGCUUGCAGAAGAAGACGAACCCACAACAGCAGAUGCCGAGAAGUUUGCGAAAGAGGUGGUCGACUUUAUCAAGACUAGCAGUGCUGGCCAGUCAAAGGUGUCGUGUGGUAGACCUGGUGGCUGCUGUCGAGACCGGCCUUCGAGAUCAGGUAGCAGCUCGUGUGACAGCGAGUCUGCACCGUCGUCGCCACCCACAGAACCAUCAUCAACUUCAGACGACGAACACAUUCCUGCAAUCGUCGACGUAGAGAAAGAACCCCAGGCGGACUCCGACCUUAUUGGAGCCGACUAUGCAAAGCCCAUGAAGAGCAAGGAGCACAGUGCUGAUGCUGAGACCAAGGCUUCAACAACACUUGCGGCUCCGGCUGCGCCUUCAGAAAGGGGCGUUCCUCGAAUUGAGUUCCAGGAAUACGUGCCGGACGCUGAGCUUAUCUUCCCACCAGCGCUGUGGAAGUAUGAACCUCAGCCGUUGUGCUACGGCAAUGACAAGAAGAUCUGGUUCAGACCUACGAAACUCGAGCAUUUAGUAGAGCUGAAAGAUGCCUACCCCUCAGCGAAGCUUGUCGGUGGUGCUAGUGAGGUCCAGGUCGAAGUUCGUUUCAAAAACUCGGACUUUGCAGUAUCUGUCUACGUUUCAGACAUAGCGGAUCUGAAACAUACUAUACUUCCAUCAGACGCAGACUUGGAGAACGCGAAGGAACUCGUCGUGGCUGCGAACACACCGUUGACUGAGCUGGAAGCGAUUUGCAAGGGCGUAUAUGCAAAGCUAGGGAAACGGGCCAUGGUCUUGGAAGCCCUGCGAAAGCAGCUUCGGUACUUCGCCGGUCGCCAGAUCCGCAACGUUGCGUCCCUUGCCGGAAACAUAGCAACAGCUUCUCCAAUUUCCGAUGCCAACCCAGUGCUGAUAGCAGCUGGUGCCACGCUCGAGGCUGUCAACAAACAGGAUGGCAGUGUCGAUCUUCCGAUGUCCAAGUUCUUCCUCGCCUACCGGACGACAGCCUUGCCAGCUGACGCUGCUAUCACACGCAUUCACAUACCGAUUCCUGCGAAAGAUACCCGGGAAGUAUUGAAAGCGUACAAGCAAGCUAGACGAAAAGACGAUGAUAUUGCUAUCGUGACGGCAGCAUUCCGAAUACGCCUUGAUGCACAAGAUUGUGUUGAAGACGCGUCUAUUGUCUAUGGCGGCAUGGCACCCACGACAAAAGAGUCGCCGAAGACCCAAGCUGCCAUACUCGGAAAGCCAUGGUUCCACUCGGAAACGCUGGAUGCGGCACUUGGUGGCCUACUCGAGGACUACAACCUUCCGUAUGAGGUGCCUGGAGGUAUGGCAGACUACCGCAAGACGCUCACACUGUCGGUCUUCUUCCGCUUCUGGCAUGAGUCGGGAGUCGAAUUAGGUCUCGGCCAUGUUGACGAGCAGGUUGUGGACGAGAUUCACCGAUCCAUCUCAAGCGGUACAAGAGACGACUACAACCCUUACGAACAACGUGUCGUUGGCAAACAGGUCGUUCACCUAUCCGCUCUGAAACAAUGCACUGGAGAGGCCGAAUAUAUCGACGACAUGCCGCGACUCGACCGUGAGUUGUUUGGCGGCCUGGUAAUGUCGUCGAAGGCUCAUGCCAACAUUAUCAGCGUCGACUGGGAGCCAGCACUAGCCAUGCCAGGCGUGGUUGGCUACAUCGACAAGAACAGCAUUCCCGCCGACGUCAACGUGUGGGGUUCCAUCAAGAAGGACGAGCUGUUCUUUGCCAACGGUAAGAUUCUCAGUCAUGGGCAGGUCAUAGGUAUGGUGUAUGCAGAUACUGCGCUGGAGGCUCAAGCGGCUGCUCGUGCGGUGAAGGUCGAAUAUGAAGUGCUCAAACCGAUCCUGACUAUCGACGAAGCCAUCGCCGCAAAUAGUUUCUUCCCGCAUGGCAAGAACCUGAGGAAGGGUCUCGCUAUUGACGACAAGAUGGACGAGGCCUUUGCUCAGUGCGAAAGGAUCUUCGAGGGCACCACCAGGAUGGGUGGUCAGGAGCACUUCUACCUCGAGACUAAUGCUGCGCUCUCCAUUCCAUCUGGCGAAGAUGGUGCGGUUGAAGUCUGGUCAUCUACACAAAACACCAUGGAGACCCAAGAGUUCGUCAGCUCAGUGCUGGGCGUACCAAGCAACCGCAUCAAUUGCCGCGUGAAGCGCAUGGGCGGUGGUUUCGGAGGCAAAGAGUCCCGCAGUGUCCCAUUUGCUGUCUACACCGCCAUUGCUGCAAGGAAAGAGAAGCGACCUGUGCGCAUCAUGCUGAACCGCGACGAAGACAUGCUGCUCAGCGGGCAAAGACAUCCAUUCCAAGCGCGCUGGAAAGUCGGCGUGUCAAACGAAGGAAAGCUUCUCGCUCUCAAAGCCGACGUGUACAACAACGGCGGUUUUUCUCAAGAUAUGAGCGGCGCAGUAAUGGACCGCUGCCUUACACAUCUCGACAACUCCUACGAAUGUCCCAACGUCUUCCUCCGCGCCAACGUCUGCAGAACGAACAUUCACAGCAACACAGCCUAUCGCGGCUUCGGCGCACCGCAGGGCAUGUACUUUGCCGAGACGAUCAUGUACAACAUCGCCGAAGGGCUGGGUAUGGAUAUCGACUCGCUACGCCAAAAGAACCUCUACAACAUCGGCCAACACACGCCCUUCUUCCAGAGGAUCGACGAAGACUGGCACGUCCCCAUGCUGCUACACCAACUCUCCAAAUCCUCAGACUACGAGAAGAGGAAGUCAGCGGUACAAUCCUUCAACAAGACAAACCACUGGAAAAAGCGCGGCAUCGCCCUGAUACCCUGCAAGUUCGGCCUCAGCUUCGCCACAGCGCUGCAUCUCAAUCAAGCCGCCGCGUACAUCAAGAUCUACGCCGACGGAAGCGUGCUGCUGCACCACGGCGGGACGGAAAUGGGUCAGGGACUGUACACGAAGAUGUGUCAGAUUGCGGCGCAAGAGCUCGGGACGCCGCUCGACUCGAUAUAUACACAGGACAGCCAGACGUAUCAAAUCGCCAACGCGUCGCCGACCGCUGCUUCAUCGGGUUCGGAUCUGAACGGCAUGGCGGUGAAAAAUGCAUGUGACCAGAUCAACGAGCGCCUGGCGCCAUAUAGAGAGAAGUUGGGUCCUGAUGCCAAACUGAAGGAGUUGGCGCAUGCAGCGUACAUCGAUAGAGUGAACCUUGCAGCAAACGGGUUCUGGAAGAUGCCGAAAGUGGGCUACACAUGGGGCGACACGAACUGGGAGACUGUCAAGCCGAUGUACUACUACUGGACGCAAGGCGCAGCGGCGAGUGAGGUUGAGCUCGACUUACUAACCGGUGACCACACUGUGUUGAGGAGCGAUAUCAUGAUGGACGUAGGAAACUCCAUCAACCCGGCCAUCGACUACGGCCAGAUUGAAGGCGCCUUCAUCCAAGGUCAAGGCCUCUUCACCAUCGAAGAAACCCUCUGGCACACCGCGUCCGGCCAACUCUUCACCAAAGGGCCGGGUACAUACAAGAUCCCCGGUUUCAGCGACAUUCCGCAGAUCUUCAACGCAUCUAUGUUACGCACCGACAAUAAUGGCAAGCCGUUGAGCUGGAAUCAUCUGAGGAGCGUGCAGAGUAGUAAGGGGAUUGGUGAGCCCCCGCUGUUUUUGGGGAGUACGGUGUUCUUUGCCCUGAGGGAGGCAGUUAAGGCCGCGAGAGAAAUGAAUGGGGCAACGACUGUGCCCGGUGAGUGGAACUUUGAUUCGCCAAGUACGUGUGAGAGGCUGAGGUUGGCGGUUGGUGACGAUCUGAUCAAGCGGGCGGCGACGGUGAAGAAGAAGGGCGAAAUGCCGUUCCUGACUGCUGUCGCUUAGUGUUAUCAUUACUGUGGCUCGCUGGCCUACGAAAGCAUUCUUGUCCGCGCAGCAGGCGCUCUCAUUGGCCAGCUCGUUAGUCAGCGUUCGUGCCCUCACACUGUAGACAUUUGCCCUUCGAUAGUAC